AUGGGUGAAAGGCGGCAUUUUGACAACCCUUUUCCGCCUUACAAUGAAGAGAUGACUCUUCUUGGGCCGGAUGGAAAGAUUGAGGAAUCAUUGAAGAAGAAGCUCACUGACAACGUCAACCAUUUGUUGUCAGUCAUGAAGGAAGGAAUAAAAACACAAGAUAGUAAUGACUUCUCUGUAUACACAGGCAUUUCUGGUAUUUCUUUGUUGUACCUACAUCUCUACAAGGCUGGACCCUUAAAGAAUGAUAGUCAACAACUUCUAGAAGCAGUGAAAUAUAUUAAGCGUCCUUUGCGACACUUAAAAAAGCACCGUGUGACCUUUUUGUGUGGAGAUGCAGGCCCUCUGGCUAUUGGUGCUGUACUCUACAGUAUGCUGGGAGAAACCUCUGACUCUGAAGAUUGUCUUCGAAGGUUGUACAAUUUACAGCAUAAAGUCAUGCAAGAUGAAUCUCUGCCCGACGAAUUACUUUAUGGCUGUGUUGGUUACUUAUUUGCUUUGCUCUUUAUUCAACAUUAUUUGGGAAAAGAUGCAGUUGACCAAAAUGUUAUCCUUCAGGUUUGCCAUAAGAUUCUAAAGUCUGGUCAGCAAACGGCUCACAGACAACACAGCAAAUGUCCUUUGAUGUAUGAGUGGCAUGAUAAGAAUUAUUUUGGAGCUGCUCAUGGUCUUUGUGGAAUAUUUUACAUUCUUAUGAAGGUUGAUGCGCCAUCACUGAAAUCCCAAAUUGAGGAACUGGUACGUCCUUCUAUUGAUUACAUGUUGAAUUUGCAGUUUCCUUCAGGCAAUUGUCCCUCUUCCUAUGGCAGCACAACAGACAAAUUGGUACAUUGGUGCCAUGGAGCACCUGGCUGGAUCCAUAUGUUUGCUUUGGCUUAUCAGAAAUUUCAACAAGAUAAAUAUCUGAAUGCUGCCAAACAAUGUGCAGAGGUAAUAUGGCAACGAGGUUUGCUGCAGAAAGGUUAUGGCAUCUGCCAUGGUACGGCAGGAAAUGCAUACGCUUUCCUUCUCAUGUUCAAGUUGACUGGAGAGAAAAGCUAUUUGUAUAAAGCCAUAAAGUUUGCAGAAUGGUGUUUUGAUUAUGGCAAACACAAUUGCCGAACUCCAGAUCGUCCUUUUUCACUGUUUGAAGGUAUGGCUGGUACAAUUUAUUUUAUGGCUGAUUUAAUGGAUCCUUCCAAUGCAAAAUUCCCAGCUUUUGACUUAUAA